AUGACGGGCAAUCAAUUUUUCAUGCCGCCCUCUCCUUAUGGAUUUCAUCCUCCAAAUGCAGCCAUGUUCCCUUUAGACGAAUCAAGAAAGGUCGGCAGCGACAAGGAUCCUGCAACAUCUUCUGUACCAGAGUCUUUGUUUCCGCCACAUUCAUCGCCUUUUGGGCUAGAAAACAUUACCAUUGAUAAGGAUACAGAGACAUGCUAUGACGAUGAUGCGAAGAAGAAGAAGAUAGCUUGGUCACUAGAAGAGGACAAGGUGCUUGCAAGCUUCCAAAGGUUGGUGAGCGAGUUUAGUGGAAUCUAUAAUAAGUGGCAUAGUAACCGUGCAAGCGGUUGGAGUGACGAUGACAUACUAACAAAGGCACAUGAAGAGUGGAUGAGUAAUAAAAAGAACAAGUCUUUCAAGUACGAACAUGUGUGGAGAAUUCUUAGAGAAUGUGAGAAGUACGCUCCACAAUCAAGUGACAAUCGUUAUGGAAAAAAGACAAGGACAUCUGAAUCAGGAGCAUACACAUCAUCUUCUAAUCCAAAUACGAGUGUUGAUGUGGAAGACUAUGAAGUCCGCACUCGUCCAAAUGGCCAAAAGGAAUCUAAGAGGAAGGGAAAAACCAAAUCUACAAUAUUCGAAGAUCUUAAAGAAAAGAUGGAGAAAACAUUGGAAAAAUUUACAGAGUACAAUCAGCGAAAGUUAGAGACUUUGGAUACUGCUAAUGAAAAUAAGAAAUCGGAAGCCUUCCAACGUGAGUAUGAAAUUCUUAUGAAAGAUAUCGUAAGAAUGACGGAGGAGCAGCUUCGUAUACAUAGUCAUGCUUGUCAAAUGAUUAAAAAGAAAUGGGGUUUGGAGUAG